AUGAACGGCACAACCCCCCGCUUCUGGGCCGGGCCCCUCCGCUACUGCCGCUGGGCAGCGCGCGAGCGCCCAGGCUAUUUCGCAGCCGUCUUCAUCGGCGCCCUGGGCCCCGCGAUCCUCAUCACCGUGCCCCCGAUCCGCCGGCGACUGGGCGACUAUGACGCCGCGCCAAUUCCCAUGACCUAUCCCGUUCCUACGGGCCCGAGGAAGCAGUUGACGGGGUACGACGACGAUACGGAAUGA